GGAGGAACGCAUAAUUGCGGCGUUGCAACGGCCUGGCCUCAGGCCGAUCCAGGCCGUUGCGGGCCUAAAAUUUAUGGCUGCGGCGGCUGGCUUUGCCCCGGCCAAUGACGAUCGCCGGGCCAAGGUCGGCUGCUCAUUAUUCGACGCUCCGACGCCAACGCCAACACCAGAAGACAAGCAAUCAAGCGCUGCUCCUGCUCCUGCUGCAUGCGCGACAUGGGCGGUUGGUUCUAGCUGGGGAUCUUACCACCAGGUUGAGCGUCGGCUAGCUGUCAUUGCUCCCCGUUUGCCUCCCCUGUCAUGCUGGCGACUGUCUCUCCGAUCUCUCCGCCAUCCUUUCUCUCUUUCCUGCAACCCACCUGGGUUAGGUAGUACGCUUUGUCGCAAUGGCCUUCUAUGACGAUCCUGGGAGUGAUUCCCAGCCAUUUGGAAGACCCCCAAAAUCCUACGAGGGGGGAAUUGCCGGACCGCGACGACCAAGACUUGUGACCGACUACGGCUCAUCGCUGGUACAAUGGAUGCGCAACCGGAAACCCCGAUACCAAGGAGGUCAUCAGCUCGAGGUGGAAAGGCCUAGUGCCAGCUAUGUGGUGGAUAUGCUACCCCCACUCGCACGAGUUCACUCUCCCGCGGACACCAUCCCAGUGCGACAUUUACACCAGUCGAUCGGAAAGUCGAAAAAGCCGAUUACUGUCGUAAGAUGGACGCCGGAAGGAAGGCGUCUUCUGACGGGUGGCCAUACCGGCGAAUUCAUGUUAUGGAAUGGAACCGCCUUCAACUUCGAAACGGUCAUGGAUGCACAUUACGAUCAGCUGCAAGCUGGAGUAACUUCUUUAGCAUGGUCUCACAGCCACGAUUGGUUGAUAUCCGGAGGACAGAAAGGUGAUGUGAAAUACUGGCGACCCAACUUUAACAAUGUCGAGACGAUCGACGAUGCGCACCAUGACGCUGUUCGCGAUCUAGCAUGGUCUCCCAGUGAUACCAAAUUCCUUUCGGCAUCUGAUGACACCACCCUGAAGAUCUUCGACUUCACCGCGAGGACUUGCGAUACCGUUCUUACUGGUCACAACUGGGACGUGAAAUCCUGCGAUUGGCACCCCACAAAAGGCCUUCUUGUCUCUGGAUCUAAGGAUCACCAGGUCAAAUUUUGGGAUCCACGCACUGCAAGAUGCUUAACAACCCUCCACAGCCACAAGAAUACCGUCACUGCAACGAGGUUCUCUCGGGUUAACAAUAACCUUCUAGCAACAUCCUCUCGGGAUCAAACAGCGAGAGUCUUUGACCUGCGCAUGAUGCGGGAUAUCUGUAUCCUUCGAGGCCAUGAGAAGCCCGUAUCAUCUUUAACAUGGCAUCCUAUCCACAGCUCACUCAUUUCUACUGGUAGCGAGGAUGGCUCACUCCACCAUUACUUACUUGACGAACCAAAUUUGCCCUCGGGACAGAUCCCUACGAUCGCGCCAUAUGACAGUCCUGACCCGGCUAACACGCCAGCUCAGGUCAUCUAUCCUGCCCACAAGAUACAAUACGCACAUGGUGCCACUAUCUGGUCCCUUGACUGGCAUCCUUUGGGCCAUAUUCUUGCGUCCGGAUCUAAGGAUAAUUUCACACGGUUCUGGUCCCGGGCUAGACCUGGGGAGACUAGUUACAUGAAAGAUAGGUUCCACAUCGGAGAGGAGGCCGCGGAGGCCCAGGGAACCUGGAGUCGGGGCUUUGGAAGGCGACAGAUGCGAGAAGAAGAGGAACAGGAGCUUCAGGACGAGGCCGAGAGCUUGGUCGACCAGAGGAAACCUACUGGGAUGUCUCUUCCUGGAAUUCAAUUCGCACCACCUGGCGCUGCACCUCAGCAAGACGGAAUGGGUUCGUUAUUGCCAGGAAUUGGCGCUCCACAGCCUCCACCUCAGCCUGGGUUUUCCAAUUCCAUGCCCCAGAUGGAUCCCGGGCGUCUGGCAGCCCUGUUGUCUACCCAACCACCCCCUCAACAGAACAAUUUUCCUCCGCCGGGUGGCUUGCCUGGGUUUCCCAUGCACCCUGCCAUGUCAGGGACCCCUCCAGUGAACGUUGACCUUGCGGAGCUACAGAAGCAGCUUAUGUCCCAAGGAAUAUCUUUGCCGCACAAUUUUGCCCCGCCGAACUUUCCUGGCAUGCCCGGGGGUCUUCCCGGCCUGCAAGGGAGCGGUACGCCCGAUCAUGGAUAUGGAAGAUAAUCCCACUUGAGGUCUCUGAUGUUCAUACUUGGUAGGCCUGGAUAGCUGGCGUAAUGGCAGGCUUCUGGCAUGGCAUUUACAUCCUUCAAGCCCCAGUCUUUCUCGAAUGUAUCAUAGUCGGCUCCUAAAGGAAACUGCGCCGUCGAGCGUAAUAUGAUGGUGAUAUGCGUGGGACCAGUUGUCAAGACGGCAUGUCUGGGUGGUAACUGAUGAUUCCCGCCUUCGUUCAUAGUCCACCUUGCAUCGGAAAACUGGAGAGGAUAAGGACCAACACAUUGAUACCACCCCAUACAAGGGGGAUCCAGGUUGACAUUCUGAAAUUGCCUGCUUCGUAG